AUUCCGUCGAAAUGUCAUCAGUUGAAGUUUUAUAUUGUUAAUGGAGUGGAUGUCAUAUACUUUCUUGUAAAAUCUGAAUAAUUUUUUUUUUGCUAACUGAAAUUCGGUUUAUACAUUGCCUAUUGAAUAAUCUCGGUUGUUACCUGAACACAUAAAUAUCUAACGAAGGAAUAAAUGGAUUAUUUCGAUGAAAUGGGUUGGACUCCCAUCGAUGCACAGGAAGUGGGCAAUCAUCAGAUGUUGUUGGUGGUACGAUUCCUUAACGAGAACGGAUUUUUCGGUGACGAUUUUGAUGCGAAUAGACUGGCCCCGCCGGCAUCGAAAGAGUUCGUGAAAAAUUUGGAAGAAAAAAAGUGCACCAAAGAUGAUGAGACGUGUACAAUUUGUUUGAAGCCAAAUGCCGACGACGAAGAAAUAUUUGCAAUUCUUCCGUGUAAACAUAUGUUUCACCGGACCUGUAUUUUACCAUGGCUUGAAAGGACAAAUUCAUGUCCAGUGUGUAGACACGAGAUGCCAACUGAUGAUAAAGAAUAUGAGGAAAGGAAGAAGCAUCGAUCACGUGCUGCACAGCGCGAAGAGGAAUUGGAAACUCUUCAUAAUUCCAUGUUUGGUUAAAUUUCAAUAGCAUUUUUAAUCGUGUGGCAACCGUCUCAACAUUCGUAAUUAUGCAUUUUCUUUAUUAAUAAUUUGGAUUAAGUGUGGCUUAAGGGUUCUAUUCAUUAAAUAAAAAUCGUUGGUGGAUCUGUCCGU